GGGCGCGACGCGCCCUGGCUGGCAUGGAUUCCAUUUUCAAGCGGCCGCGGGUCAAGCGCGCGCGCACGCGCGCGGAACGCGCAUGCGUGCUUUCGUUAGGCCCUGGAGGGGCGUAGAAAGGAGGCCAUAUUGUACAGUUAAAUUGAAAGAACGAAAAUAAUUGUAUCUCUCGCUGUCGCGCCGAUCGCUCGCGCCCGCACCGCUAGUUUCCGUUUCCCCUGUCAGCGUUUUCCUCCCGUUAUUUAACGUUCGCGAGCGACGGCGGAGAACCCUCGUGCCGCCUUCGCGUCGCCGUGCCGUGCAUCCGCGGCGGAGAAACCCCGUGAGAAACGAGAGAGAAAGAGCGCAGCAGCGAGCACAUCGGGAGCCAAUCGGCGGCUCCUCGGCCUCCUCUGCCCUUUGUAUAUAAGCCAUACGUCGUCGCAGUAGCGCGGUCUCGCUACCCCGGGGGUAACCGACGUUGGCUCGUUGAGAGGUGCUUGUUGCUUGUUGCGGUCGAGAUGGGCACUCGGGACGACGAAUAUGAUUAUUUAUUUAAAGUUGUUCUCAUUGGAGAUUCUGGAGUAGGAAAAAGUAAUCUCCUAUCCCGAUUUACAAGAAAUGAAUUCAAUUUGGAAUCGAAAUCUACCAUUGGAGUUGAAUUUGCAACGCGCAGUAUACAAGUUGAUGGUAAAACCAUUAAAGCCCAAAUAUGGGAUACAGCUGGGCAAGAGCGUUAUCGUGCGAUUACUUCUGCGUAUUACCGCGGAGCAGUUGGUGCACUACUCGUGUAUGAUAUCGCGAAACACCUGACGUAUGAAAACGUAGAAAGAUGGUUACGAGAAUUACGGGACCAUGCUGAUCAGAAUAUUGUGAUCAUGUUAGUGGGAAAUAAGUCAGACUUGAGGCAUCUGCGUGCUGUUCCGACUGAUGAAGCUAAAGCGUUUGCCGAGAGGAACGGUUUGUCUUUCAUCGAAACAUCCGCUUUAGAUUCUACUAAUGUUGAGACAGCGUUUCAAAACAUAUUAACAGAAAUCUACAGAAUCGUAUCGCAAAAACAAAUACGAGAUCCACCUGAAGGUGAUACAAUCCGGCCACAGAAUGUAGAACAAAUUGAAGUCAAACCAACGAUGAAUGCCGAGGGAAUGCGUAAGCAGUGCUGCCAGUGACUCACCUUGUUGCUUAAAAUAAGCAGUCGUACGGAGAAGAAAAAAGUGGGAGUACUAGUUGGCGGUAGAUUUAACAGGUGCAUAGAACGAGAGUUAAGACUAUGUGCGCAAGCAUGUAAUCUCGUAUGUUAAAGGAGAUUUUAUCCAGACAGGACAUCCAUCAAUACUUAUACGAAUAUGCAUUACAUGUUCGUGGAAAUAAUCAAGUAAGGAUAAACGAUAAAAAAAGAAGAUUGUAAGAUUGCUGUAAGCGCACGUACAUACGCACCAUUCUGUCCGCGAAAAAGAUCAUCUUUACUCUCUCUGUUUGUCUCUCUAUCUGUCACGAUAUAAAUUAUGUUAUAAUAUAAAUAAAUGUUAUACUGCUUCUUUGUAAUACAUAUAUAAAUAUAUAUAUAUAUAAAUAUAUAUGUUUAUAUUUAUAUUUAUAUAUUAUAUAUUUGACUCUUCUGAACGCGUAGCGUGAUUGUGAGUAUGUGAACAGUUUACGAUCGUAUAUGCAAUGAAGUAUCAUGAAUAAAUACUAUCAUGCACUACAUAGAAAAAAACAAAUAUUAAUAAAAAUAUAGAUAUAAUGGGCUUAUACGAAAUGAUGAAAAAGACGGCGAAAAACUAAUUUGAAAUAGUUCUUUCUCGUUGCUCACUCUCAGCUCUUCGUAAUAAUAGUACUAGUCUGUACAAGCUUGGGCACUACAUGCUUCGGAAUUACUUUAUUUUUACCUGGAUAUUUUCAAACUUCUUACCAGAUAAAAUUAUAUAAGAACUAUAAAAAAAAGCUAUAUAGUAGGCAUUUUUCUAAAUCUUAAAAGAUGUUGCUUUCUGUGUGGCUGUAAUAUAUAUAAUAUGUUAUCGUUUCACAAGCUUUUAUUGUAUCCUAAAUAAAAUAGAGAGUGAGUAAGGCGUUGACAAAGUAAAGUAUCUAUUUCUCGAUAGAUCACAUGAAAAUCAAUGGUUUGAAAUUUAUCACUUAUAAUAAUCUUAGGAAGAUUAUUGAAAAAAGGCAAGAUAAUUAACGAAAGAUAAUUAUAGUGCGUGCGUUUAACUUGAUUUAUAGUACGCAUAAUUUAUAUUAUCGGGAUAUAUAUAUAUAUAUAUAUAUGUGUAUAUAGAUAUAUAUAUAUAUAUAAUCACGAACUAUAUAUCCGUACGAAUUGUACGAUCUGAGAAAUGAUACGUUGUUUCUUGAAGCAAUCUUAAAAAUGGUAAGAUAAUCACAAGUAUAAUUACUAUUUGAUAUAGCGGGCUUAUUUGUAUGGACAUAUACAUACACACACACACACACAGACAGAUGACUCAGAACUAUAAUGUGUAUAAGCAAUGUUAAAGUGACCAUAGUUUUCUACAGGUAUUUUUGAUUUAUUCUGUAUUCUUAGGCCACAAGCUAUACAAAACUUAGAAAAGGCAAAUUUCUUUUAAACUAAGUAGAAUAAAUUUUAUAUAAAUAUAUACACAUACAGCUGAAAAAUAUGAUUUACGAUAUAAGAUUGUUUCAUUCUCACUUAAAUACAAAAAAGAUAUUAUAUCUAUAAUGUAUAAAGAUUAUUAAUAAUGCCUUGUAUUUCAUUAUUUUAUUAAUAAAAUACCAAACUUGCUUUUAAGACAAA